CUAGAGUGUCUUUACAGUAGGUGAAUUGUUGUGUCACAGCCUGAACGCACACUUGUGAGAAGAAAAAAUCAUCAAUGAAAGUGAGAGAAGUUUAAUCUAAACGAUGGAGCUGAAGGUGUGGGUGCAGGGCGUGGUCAGAGUGGUGUGCGGCCUAUCAGAAAACACUUCCUGUCAGGACGUGGUCAUAGCGCUCGCACAAGCAAUCGGUCAGACGGGACGUUAUAUUCUCAUCUUGAAGCUUCGGGGGACAGAGAGGCAGCUGGUUGCGGAUGAACGUCCUCUCGAGCACCUGGCUCAGCUGGGGCAGCAGGCAGCAGAGGUCCAGUUCGUUCUGCGGAGGAACGGCCCCAGCCUCAGUGAGGGUAAGGAAACCCCCACCAGAGAGAGACGUUUCCCCCUGCACAGACCCCCAGAACCAGAGGCGCUUAAACGCAGUGACCCACACAAAGCUCUUAGCUUCAGCCUGGGUCCCUCCACACAUCCCAAGAGGAGCAAACCAAACAGGGGCUGGUCUCCGUCGCCCCGAGCCUCCCCAGAACCCAGAGCCUCCCCCGUCUCUUUCCUGGACCCACCCUCCUCUUCCUCCAAAGAAGAGGUGUUCAAACAGAUCCUGCAGCAGCAGAGGAGGCUGCAGGAUCUGGACUUGCGGCUUGAGGCGCUGGAGCAAGAGGCUGAGAUGCUGGAGAGACUACAGGCCACAGUUCCCAGUCUCACCCCGGUCCUGGAAGCAGAACUGGAGGACCUGGAGCAGCGUCUGAUGCAGAACCAGGCAGACCUCAUGCAAAGGGAGCAGUGGGAGCAGCAGUUACAUGAAGAGAUGGACAGAGAACAAGAUUUGCACAGUCGUCUGCCCCAGAUUCACUCGUCAAUGGACGAUCACAUUUAUCGGAUCGAGGACCUCCAGUCCCAAUCUGCACAUCUAGAGCAGGACAUUCAGCUCCAAGCCCAGAAACAAAGCUCUCGGGCGGGCACUGUGCAACCGGAGGAGGGCCUGAAGCAGGAGCUGCACCUCCGCCUGCAGCAGGAAGCAGAACUAGAGGCAACGCUGUCACAAACACGGAGGGAAAUAAAAAAUGCUCAAGCAAGGCGGCAGGGCAGAUGGGAGAUGAUGGAGGAGCUGAACAAGGAGCUGAGGCAGUGUGAGCUGCAGCAGUUUAUCCAGCAGGCCGGCAGUCCUCACGUAGACCACACCACCUCGCUGUCCGGCCCUGAAGUUUACCUCCACAUCGCUGGGAUCGUGGAGUAGGAGUCUGCAUCAGAUUAUUUAAAAGGAUAAAUGAAGAAGUUUAAAGAUUUAUUUUACUGAGAAAGUUAAUUCAGUCAGCUGAAAAUGUGUUGAUUUUCAUACUUUCAGAUCAGAUAUUAUUGUAAAGCAAAAGAAGAGUGAAUGGCACAUCAUGGAGGCCUGUCGAGUGUGUGUGUGUGUGUGUGUGUGUGUGUGUGUGUGUGUGUGUGUGUGUGUGUGUGUGUGUGUGUGUGUGUGUGUGUGUGUGUGUGUGUGUGUGUGUGUGUGUGAUAAGCCAAAUCACUGCCAGUUUUCUUUGUCAAUAAAACAUAUUUAAGAAAAUAUUUAGUUUAAAUGAAAUUGAAAUUAUAUUUAGCUUGUUUUUAUAUAAAGUCUUAAUACAAUGCAUUGCUCAGUUGUUUUUCUUUGUAUAUUCAUUCAUGCUCACAUAAGGGCGCCACAGUUUGAUUGACAGGUCCUAUCCCUCUGCAGUGUGAUCAGGGUCAGAUGCACUCAAUUCACCUUGGACCUGAUCCUGGGAUCUUCCUCAUUGCCUUGCUAUGUGUUGGUACUUCAGGUUAAAGAUAGGUGCUAUUACUUUGCAUUGCAUCGCCAUCCUUAUCAAAGUUUUCCUGCCAAAGAAACUGCCUUUCAAUAAUAAUUCAAAUUAAAAUUCCAAGCGCCACCAAUUUGGCGAUAUCUGUCUAACUAUGAGACAGAUCAACUCGCUCAUGGGGCCAACAUUCAGUGGGAUGGGCUGCUAUGUAAUCCUAUUGAGCAAAUCCUCCCCUUUAGUUGAAUACAAUUGCUGUGUUUUUUUUGCCGCUCUCAUUAAAGGAGCCUGCAGAGAAACACAACUCUGUCUGUUAUUUAGAGAAUCUGCCUUAGAGAAAUAUCUAUAUAUAUAGAGAUAUAUAUAUAUAAUAUAUGACUGUUGCUUGAAAGGUUGAAGUGCUGCUAAUGGGAUCGUCUAAAUCCGAGCACAGAUCAGUACAUGUUCUUCGUUAUGCAAAGGUCUCAGGCUCCCCCUGAGAUUAUUACCUGUAAUCCUUUAUGUUCUCUCCACACCGUCCCUGUAUGACUCUUAGUCCUACUGCACAUAAUCAAUGAGCACAGCAGUGUCAUUUAUUCAUCUUUAGAUCUUUUGUUUAAGCGAGUGAAACUACAGACAGCAUCAAUUUACUGCUUCUGAUGCUGUUAUUAACUCAGUAAAUUACAUUUUUUACCACCAUUGUGUUGUGAUUAGUGUCUUUGUAUUUAGUCCUGCUUCACCUUGUGUUCUCUGUCAGUUCGUUGUCGUCUUUCAUGUAUCAAGUCAAGUGUUUUUCAUGUCCUGGAUUUAUCGUCUUCAUGUGUUCAAGUCAAGUGUUUUUCAUGUCCUGGAUUUUUCCUAACUUCGUAUUGUUGUAAAACAGCUUUUGGAUUAAAGCUCGCAUUUCGUUUGUACCCAUA